AUGAAAGCGAGGAAAGUGCCGAUUUUGCCCGGGUUUACAGCCCGCGGGGUACCGUUGCAGGAAUUACCGGUCUGUCGAAAGUUUACGACUUUCUUAUCCCGGAAGAAACCAUUGUCGUUUGCUUUCGCAGUGGGAAUUCGCGCGGUAACACAGAAGAGUAUAGAUUACAGCGAUUCUCCUUUCUUUGUGCAAUCAAAUUUUGGCAACAAGUUGGAAGGUCAGUGGUACAGUUCGCAGCAACAAUCGAGGAUAAUCGAUCGCCUACCUAAUCCACAGCAGUAUCAUCUCCCCGACAAUUUAUUCCGGCAACAGAGAGGACGAAGAAGAGAUCGGACGAACGCGAACGUUAUCGGUAAUUUCAAAUUACCGAGACAGAAUGAAGCAGGCUUUUCUGACAGAAAUGAUUACAUACCGGACACUGCUCCUUUUAUGACAGAGUAUGAUUUUGUCAUAGUGGGAGCUGGAUCAGCUGGCUGUGUUUUGGCGAAUAGACUCAGCGAAAUUGCAAAUUGGAAGAUACUGUUAUUAGAAGCUGGCAUCGAAGAACCGGAAGUGGCAGACGUCCCAGCGUUUUCCUCGAUGUUGCAGGCUAGCAACAUCGAUUGGAUGUACCGCACGCAACCGGAAGCACACUCUUGCCGAUCCAGAAGAGGGGGUGGUUGCCCAUGGGCGCGGGGAAAGGUAAUGGGUGGCACGAGUACAAUUAAUUACAUGAUCUACAUCCGUGGAAAUCCGAAGGAUUACGACGAAUGGGCUGAGAAAGGGAAUUAUGGUUGGAGUUACGGAGAAGUUUUGCCAUAUUUCCUGAAAUCUGAGAACAAUGAAGACCCAGAGAUCAUCGAGAAGAACCCUCACUACCACAGCAAAGGCGGCUACCAAACGGUAGAGCGGUUUCCCUACAUAGACAAAACCACGAAAAUCCUGUUCGAUGCCUGGCAACAAUUGGGCCAGGCCUACGUAGACGCGAACGCCAUCCAUCAGCUAGGCAUCAUGCAUCACCAAACCACUUCGAUCCACGGAAUGCGACAAAGCACGAACGGCGCCUUCAUCAGGCCGAUUCGGCGUAAGCGCAGGAAUCUGACCAUAGAAACCCAAGCUCACGUGACGAGGGUCCUGAUCGACCCAAUAACAAAGCACGCCGUGGGCGUAGAAUACGUUUCAUCCGCGACGGGCAUCACCAAGGUCGCUUCAUGCAGAAAGGAAGUGAUCCUCUCAGCUGGAGCCAUUAACUCCCCCAAGAUCCUCAUGCUGUCCGGCGUGGGACCUGCGCAAGAGUUGACGAAACAUAAUCUCAAAGUCGUCAGCGACCUUCCUGUCGGGAGGAACCUGCAGGACCAUGUAACCAUGGACGGUUUCGUGGUGUCUGUGAACGCUACGUCGACCAGCAAGAACAACAAUGAGAAGAUCGACGACAUCUUCUACUACCGGAGUACUCGCACGGGCCCAUUGUCGGCGACAGGGCCCUUGUCGUGCGGGGUUUUCCUGCAGACUAUCUUCGAGCGCGAUCAUCACCUGCCAGACAUCCAGUUCCACUUCGACGCCAGCAGCACGAUGGACUUCGUCAACGACCCCGCCGACUUCGGGGAGACCUCUGUCGAGCCUCUGUCUUAUUACGACGCUUUCAACGUCAGGCCCGUUUUGCUGAAGCCUAGGAGCCGAGGGUUUAUCUCAUUGAACGACACCGAUCCUCUUUGGGGCCCUCCUUUGAUAUUCCCAGGGUACUUCACCGCUUAUCCCGACGCUGAAAUCAUGGUCGAGGGGGUCGAGGCUGCUCUGAACUUGUUCAGGACGAAAGCUUUUCAGGAUCAUGGCUGGCAGCUGGUGGACGUCCCGGUGCCAGCUUGUAGGCACCUGAUCUUUGGUAGCAGAGAUUAUUGGAAGUGUGUCAUGAUGGAAUACACCGCGACCAUUUUCCACCCGGUUGGCACUUGCAAGAUGGGGCCCAAGUGGGAUUCAGAGGCUGUGGUGGACCCGAGGUUAAGGGUAUACGGGGUGACCGGACUGAGGGUAGUGGAUGCUUCCGUGAUGCCAGAGAUCGUUAGAGGGAACACCAACGCGCCGACGAUUAUGAUCGCAGAGAAGGCUAGCGACAUGAUCAAAGAGGAUUGGCUCUUUGACUGAGCAUAGGGUUCCAUGGAUUAGUCAUUUACACAGAUUUCACCGAUGCAGACUUCACCAACAAUUCGUCAGUCGU